AUGUCCAGUAUACCAUUAGCGACGCUCUUAAAUUUUUGUAGGCCUCUUAUUGCGAAAGUAGUAGGUGCGGAACCGUAUGAGACCGUACAUUUUUCGUCGAUUCUGGCGUGGCUGAAGCUAAAUUGGAGUGCUGAGUGUUUUCCAUCGUUGUUGGACGGUAUUGAGAAAGUCGCUGAAGUGCAUGCUAUUUCUGCUUGGAUAGGUCUUGAUGAUUUGCAUGGCACCUGUGCUUUUGAUCCUUUGCGGCAGCGAUAA